UUACAGUUUCUAGCAAUGACCGUAAAUUUCCAGGAAAUCCCUUGUACGAAACAGAUACCCGGUGGACUUUUCCCAGGUCGUUCGAUUCUGAUCAAAGGAAUAGUUCUAAAAGACACCGACUCUAAACGGUUUGCCGUCGAGCUAUGCUGCGGUCUGCUGGUUCGUGGCGAUCACCAAGACAAUAAAGUUCUGCAUUUCAACCCACGUUUUGACGUCAGUAACUCUUGGUUCUCUGCGAAAGCAGAUCGUGAUAUUGUGCUGAAUUCGCUGGUGAAUAAUCGUUGGGGUGUUGAAGAGCGUUACGGCAAUGUUUUUAAAGAGGGCGAACAGUUCUCCUUACGAAUUCUUGUU